AUUUUCAAUUACAUAAACUUGAGAUGGUUUGCAGUCAGUCAGUAGUUAUUUGAAGUAAAAGUGGCCAACAUGCUCAUGCAAAAUGUGCUUGCAACCUUUCUGAGCAUGCUCUCCUUAUCUUUGGCCAUUGAGGGUCAAAUUCCUUGUCCUUGGAGAAAAGAUGGACAUCCGGUUGACCUUCCUGACGCCAAUUUCUGCGACCGAAUCCACACUUGCGUCAAUGGUUUCAUCGCCAAAACGUACUUGUGCCAAGAUGGCUUGGUAUUUGACGGCACUUCUUGUACCAUUCCUUAUGGAAAUAUCUGCCAAGACCGAGCCAAGCUUCAAAGACCCAAAGGCAAUGGCAUCACCUGUCAAAGGAGAAAUGAAGUCCAAAUCAUUCAAGGAAAUUGUGUAGAAUACCUCCGGUGUGUCGAGAAUAUCCGUUAUCGAAUGGAAUGCUUACCUGAUCUCUGGUUUGAUCCCGAACAGGGCACUUGUAAUCAUCAGAACUUAGUGAAUCGAGAAGACUGCCUGUGAAAUAAUCCUGCAAUUUAUCGUCCUGAUUCCCUCACAGAAAACCGAAAUAUUUGUCUAUUCUCUCUAUUUCCAUGCAAAACUAGUUGUGUGCCAUUUGUUGAAUAAAGUUUCCUUUCGCGUUCA